AUGUCUAAUUUAAAAAUUCUUGUCGGAUGUAAAAGAGUAAUAGAUUAUGCAGUAAAGGUCCGAGUUAAUUCAGCGAAAUCAGCAGUAGAAACGGCAAAUGUUAAGCAUUCUCUGAAUCCAUUUGAUGAAAUUGCAGUAGAAGAAGCAUUAAGGUUAAGAGAGAAAUUAGGUAAUAAUGUAGUAAAAGAAAUUAUUGCUUUAACAUGUGGACCUCCAAAAUCACAAGAACAACUUAGAACAGCUUUAGCCAUGGGAGUAGAUAGAGCUAUACAUGUUGAAGUGGGUAAAAACGAUAGUGAGACGACAAACACAUUACAACCUCUAGCAGUUGCAAAGUUAUUUAAAGCUAUAAUCGAAAAAGAACAAGCAAAUUUAAUUAUUCUUGGCAAACAAGCUAUUGAUGAUGAUGCUAAUCAGACUGGUCAAAUGUUAGCUGGACUUUUGAAUUGGCCUCAGGCAACUUUUGCAUCAAAAAUGGAGAUAAAUGGUGACAAGCUUACAGUAACGCGUGAAAUUGAUGGUGGUUUGGAAACUAUUAGCAGCAAAUUACCGGCUAUAGUGACUUCUGAUUUAAGGUUAAAUGAACCUAGAUUCGUUACUCUUCCUAAUAUUAUGAAGGCAAAGAAAAAACCUUUAGAAAAAUUUACACCCGAACAAUUAAAGGUUGACGUUACUCCAAGAUUAGAAAAUAUUUCUGUAACAGAUCCACCAGUUAGAAAAGGUGGAACUAAAGUAGAUUCUGUAGAUGAUUUAAUUUCUAAAUUGAAAAGUGCUGGGGCUUUGGAAUGA